CAGUUCAAAACAGCAAUCGAUUACCAUCAACGUCAUCUAGAAAUUGCUAAAGAAGUGGGAGACAAGGCCGGAGAGGGAAGAAGUUAUGCCAAUCUCGGCUGCGCUUAUCUUGGUCUAGGACAGUUCAAAACAGCAAUCGAUUACCAUCAACGUCAUCUAGAAAUUGCUAAAGAAGUGGGAGACAAGGCCGGAGAGGGAAGAAGUUAUGCCAAUCUCGGCUGCGCUUAUCUUGGUCUAGGACAGUUCAAAACAGCAAUCGAUUACCAUCAACGUCAUCUAGAAAUUGCUAAAGAAGUGGGAGACAAGGCCGGAGAGGGAAAGAGUUAUGCCAAUCUCGGCUGCGCUUAUGAUAGUCUAGGACAGUUCAAAACAGCAAUCGAUUACCAUCAACGUCAUCUAGAAAUUGCUAAAGAAGUGGGAGACAAGGCCGGAGAGGGAAAGAGUUAUGCCAAUCUCGGCUGCGCUUAUCUUGGUCUAGGACAGUUCAAAACAGCAAUCGAUUACCAUCAACGUCAUCUAGAAAUUGCUAAAGAAGUGGGAGACAAGGCCGGAGAGGGAAAGAGUUAUGCCAAUCUCGGCUGCGCUUAUCGUGGUCUAGGACAGUUCAAAACAGCAAUCGAUUACCAUCAACGUCAUCUAGAAAUUGCUAAAGAAGUGGGAGACAAGGCCGGAGAGGGAAACAGUUAUGGCAAUCUCGGCUGCGCUUAUCUUGGUCUAGGACAGUUCAAAACAGCAAUCGAUUACCAUCAACGUCAUCUAGAAAUUGCUAAAGAAGUGGGAGACAAGGCCGGAGAGGGAAAGAGUUAUGGCAAUCUCGGCUGCGCUUAUCGUAGUCUAGGACAGUUCAAAACAGCAAUCGAUUACCAUCGACGUUAUCUAGAAAUUGCUAAAGGAGUGGGAGACAAGGCCGGAGAAGGAACCAGUUAUGGCAAUCUCGGCUGCGCGUAUGAGGGUCUAGGACAGUUCAAAACAGCAAUCGAUUACCAUCAACGUCAUCUAGAAAUUGCUAAAGACGUAGGAGACAAGACCAAAGAGGGAAAUAGUUAUGGAAAUCUCGGCUGCGCGUAUGGUGGUCUAGGACAGUUCAAAACAGCAAUCAAGUACCAUCAACGUCAUCUAGAAAUUGCUAAAGAGGUGGGAGACAAGGCCGGAGAGGGAGAAAGUUAUGGCAACCUCGGCUGCGCUUAUCUUGGUUUAGGACAGUUCAAAACAGCAUUCCAGUACCAUCAACGUCACCUAAAAAUUACUAAAGAAGUGGGAGACAAGGUCGGAGAGGGAAAAAGUUAUGGCAAUCUCGGCUGCGUUUAUGUUAGUCUAGGACAGUUCAAAACAGCAAUCCAGUACUAUCAACCUUAUCUAGAAAUUGCUAAAGAAGUGGGAGACAAGGCCGGAGAGGGAGGGAGCUAUGCCAAUCUCGGCUGCGCUUAUUGUAGUCUAGGACAGUUCAAAACGGCAAUCGAGUACCAUCAACGUCAUCUAGAAAUUGCUAAAGAAGUGGGAGACAAGGCCGGAGAAGGAACCAGUUAUGGCAAUCUCGGCUGCGCUUAUUAUGGUCUAGGACAGUUCAACACAGCAAUCAAGUACCAUCAACGUCAUCUAGAAAUUGCUAAAGAAGUGGGAGACAAGGCCGGUGAGGGAAAGAGUUAUGCCAAUCUUGGCUGCGCUUAUGAUAGUCUAGGACAGUUCAAAACAGCAAUCGAGUACCAUCAACGUGAUCUAGAAAUUGCUAAAGAGGUGGGAGACAAGGCCGGAGAAGGAGCCAGUUAUGGCAAUCUCGGCUGCGCUUAUUAUGGUCUAGGACAGUUCAAAACAGCAAUCGAGUACCAUCAACGUCUUCUAGAAAUUGCUAAAGAAGUGGGAGACAGGGCCGGUGAGGGAACAAGUUAUGCCAAUUUCGGCAACGCUUAUAAUAGUCUAGGACAGUUCAAAACAGCAAUCGAGUACCAUCGACGUGAUCUAGAAAUUGCUAAAGAGGUGGGAGACAAGGCCGGAGAGGGAAACAGUUAUGGCAAUCUCGGCUGCGACUAUUAUCGUCUAGGACAGUUCAAAACAGCAAUCGAGUACCAUCAACGUCAUCUAGAAAUUGCUAAAGAAGUGGGAGACAAGGCCGGAGAGGGAGUCAGCUAUGCCAAUCUCGGCUGCGCUUAUUGUAGUCUAAGACAGUUUAAAACAGCAAUCGAUUACCAUCAACGUGACCUAGAAAUUGCUAAAGAAGUGGGAGACAAGGCCGGUGAGGGAAAGAGUUAUGCCAAUCUUGGCUGCGCUUAUGAUAGUCUAAGGACAGUUCAAAACAGCAAUCGAUUACCAUCAACGUCAUCUAGAAAUUGCUAAAGAAGUGGGAGACAAGGCCGGAGAGGGAAACAGUUAUGGCAAUCUCGGCUGCGCUUAUGAUAGUCUAGGACAGUUCAAAACAGCAAUCGAUUACCAUCAACGUCAUCUAGAAAUUGCGAAGGAAGUGGGAGACAAGGCCGGAGAGGCAUCCUCACUCUGUUCUCUUGGAAGAUGUUUUGAGUGCCAAGGAAAUCUCAAGAGGGCUUCUGACUGCUUUCACUCUUCUGUAGAGGGGUUUGAUAGUAUCAGGGCCGGUCUGCGAUUCAACGAUCAGUGGAAGAUUUCUUAUCGUAAUCAGCAUAAAAGUGCAUACACAGGCUUGUGGCGUAUAAACCUAAUUCAAAAUGAAUUUGUCAACGCUCUUCUUGCCGCAGAAAAAGGACGUGCUCAAGCUCUAAAAGAUCUGCUAGAAGCAAAAUAUCAGCCCCGAUAUUCUUCAAGGAACAGCGUCUCGUUCCUUACCCUGAGUUUUGUUCCAUUAGGUACGGUUUUCAUAGCUAUCAGUGGACCGUGCGUUUACUACUGGGUUUUCCUUAGCGACGAUAAUGUCCAGUUGAGAAAGGUACGUGUCAACAAUUAUAAGUAUCAAGAGGAACUGGAAUUUUUCAUCGAGCUACUGAACAGAACUGCCUUGAAAGAGAUCGAUUCAAGAGAUGCUGUUAAAUACGAAAAUCCUUCCCAUGACUCGCUGAAAGCGGAGGAAGCAGCGAAUAAUAUGAUUCAAAUUGAUGUAAGGAACUCGCAAUUAAGUGCUCUACAGAAGCUUUAUGACAUCAUCGUUACUCCUAUUGCUGAUCUGAUCGAAGGAAACGAGCUUACGGUUGUUCCUGAGGGACCAUUUUGUCUUGUGCCUUAUGCAGCAUUGGAGGACUCGAAGUCAACUUAUCUGAGUGAUUUAUUCAGAAUCCGCGUGCUUCCGUCCCUGACGACCUUACAACUAAUCAAUGAUUGCCCAGCUGAAUUUCACCUGAAGAGCGGUGCAUUGCUUGUUGGCGACCCAUGUUUUGAAGAGAUCAUCUAUCAAGGAAGACGGUUGGUACAACUUCCGGGAGCAAGGAAAGAGGCGGAGAUGAUUGGACGAAUCCUCAGUAUUUCCCCUCUCAUUGGAGAAAAGGCAACAAAAGAUGAAGUCUUAAAACGACUCUCAUCAGUGGCUUUAGUACACAUAGCAGCACAUGGUAAAAUGGAAACUGGUGAAGUUAUCCUGGCACCAAACACCACAAGAGAAACCCCUCAACCUCAAGAGAAGGACUAUCUACUGACGAUGAAAGAUGUCAUGGAGGCUGGGCUGCGGGCGCGACUGGUUGUUCUAAGCUGUUGUCACAGUGCUCGUGGGGAGGUCAUGGCCGAGGGUGUGGUUGGCGUCGCCCGAGCAUUCUUGGGUGCUGGCGCUAGAGCUGUUGUGGUAACCCUAUGGGCGAUUGCAGACGAAGGAACCCUGGAGUUCAUGAGUUUCUUCUACGAUGCACUUGCUAAAGGCAAGAAGGCAAGUGAAGCUCUCAAUCAGGCCAUGAAGUGUUUGAGAAAAUCCGAAACCUUCAAGGAGGUGAAGUACUGGGCACCAUUUGUACUCAUUGGUGAUGACGUCACACUUGAUUUCAACGACAUCUAG